AUGGCAGAUUCCGACGAAGAGUAUCUUGGUGAGGUUUCCGAGGACGAGAACGAGGGCAACCUUCAUAAUAGAUCGCGAGGGGAUACGGCACCUCGCCCAAGGAGAAAGAGGCAGCGCGGAGGCGCGGAAUGGGAAGUCUCCCGGACCUGGGAGUCCUUGGUGGAGAGCGCAGAUGGCACAAUCAGCUCGGCUGUAGACGGACUUCUUGAAGCUGGAAAAAGGAAGAGGCUUUUGAGGGACACGACGCCGCUACAACGAGGCAUCAUCCGCCACCUGGUUUUAAUCCUCGACCUAUCGCAGUCUAUGUUGGAAAAGGAUCUCCGACCGACGCGAUAUCUUCUUACGCUCCGGUACGCGCAAGAGUUUGUCAAGGAGUUCUUUGAACAAAACCCAAUCUCACAGCUUGCCGUUCUCGGUCUGCGCGACGGCCUUGCGACUCGCAUAAGUGACAUGAGUGGAAACCCUACGGAGCACAUCAGUUCGAUACAAGCUCUAAGGGAUCAGGACCCGAAAGGCCUUCCUAGCAUUCAAAAUGGGCUUGAAAUGGCUCGCGGUGCUCUUUUUCAUACUCCAAGUCACGGCACUCGCGAGAUUCUCCUCAUAUUCGGCUCCCUCCUUUCCUCCGAUCCUGGCGAUAUCCAUGAAACAACAAACACCCUUAUCGAUGAUAAUAUACGGGUCGGUAUUGUCGGCCUAGCCGCCCAGGUCGCCAUCUGCCGCGAACUCUGUGUGAAAACCAAUGGCGGCGACGACUCGACGUAUGGCGUUGCGCUCGACGAGCAACAUUUCCGGGAAUUGAUGAUGGAUGUUACGACGCCGCCCGUCACAUAUUCCCAAAAGCAGUCCACAACAAAGUAUGCGGUCUCCCUGCCGAGUGCCCCACGUGCAGCCUUACCCUAA